AUGGAUUGGAUAGAAACUACUAGUGGGAAUAGGAUUUCAAAGAAAUCGAAAAUUUUCGGUUCAAAUAGUAUUUUAAUCAACGGUAAUUGUACUAUCAAUGAUGAGGUUUUAUUACAAGGAGAUGUCAGGAUAGCUGGUAAACAACAAGCGACGAUUCAGAUUGGCAAAUGCUGCUACUUGGGUACCGGUGCCAAGAUCACACCGCCGGUUCUAAAAUAUGAGGAUGAAGAGUCCAUACAUGGGCCAUUGCUGAUCGGAGGAUAUACCAUAAUCGGUAAGAAUUCGGUAGUAAGGCUGGCCAAUAUCGGAAGCAGGGUAUUGGUGGAACUGGGGUGCGACUUGGGGAACUUGUCGAUAGUUUAUGAUUGUUGCUUGAUUCGUAGCGGGACUAUAAUACCGCCCAAAAUGGUUAUACCACCAUUUAGUGACGUGAGUGGGGUUCCUGGUAUUGACUUUUGCAUUAAAGAUCUAAGUAAUAGCUAUAAAAAAUUGAUUGAAAUAGAAGCGAGAGAGUUACAAGCUCUAGGAUAG